GGUGUCGUGGCAUGCUGCUUUGGUUUCAGAUACUGAGCUACCGAGAGAUCAGAGGUCAUACUUGGUACUGAAAACUCUUGUAAUUAUUUAGCAAUUAUAACUGUUUCCCGUGCGCACUGUAAAAGGUAGCAGCCCGUGUCGUGACCUUUUCCUGAGAUUUCCCCCUGCUGCAGUCUCCUUAUUAAUCAGAUUAUCCCCCUUUUAUUUAAAGGGCCAUUGGAAUAACAUAGGAGAAAAUACAUUGUAAUCCUACUGUACACAAAAAGGAAAUACGUUGUUUGUCUUUGGUUAAAGCUUACAUACAUACAGAUCUGUUUAUGGAAUUCUUCACGAUUUUGGCAACAUUGAAUAUUUCUACGUAGACUUGAAACGCAUUAGAGAGCAAUGAAAUGUCACACACAAAAUGUGUGAGGAAUUAUUAAAUAUGCAAUAAUUAAAACAAUCUAAAGCUGACCUGUCGUGUGCUUACGUUUUACAUAAUAAAAUUCUUUCCCUAGGUUUAUGUAUAUGGUGUUUUUUGUUACCCUCCCCCCACCCCUCCACAUUUUUCUAACAUGUCCCACUAUCAAGUAAUUGUACAAAUGUAUUUAAAAUCAUGGGCUUGUCUUCCUGGUUGCAAAAUUAGAUUGUGAAUUGGUCUCCCUUGCUGUAUAAUGUGAUUGGCUCAGGAGGGUUUAGGCACAAGAGCCUUAGAGAUCCUCAAAGCAAGCGACUCGUGAGAUAGUCUCUAAAGUACACAAAGUUUGAAAACCUGUGGCUUUUUAUUACGUUCUCAAUAAAAACUUGACAUAUCUGUGUUCAUCAGUAUAAUUGGAAAGUAAAAUAGCCAUUGUACGCCUAAAUCAAAUGAUCUUAUCAAACGUGUGCUUACUGCUUUUUGCUUUGGAGGUAUGUGUGCCGAUUCAUAGUGUGCUGUUGUUGAAUAUGAUCAACACAUUUGCUAAUAAUUUGGCUAUACGAGUGUCUGUGUUGUAAAAAUGACACGACAUUUAAUUGGAUGAUAAUGUUAAUAUACUGGUGGGCAGCACAGGGAUUGGGGACUUGUGGAGUAGUAGGUGGUAGAUGUUAUAUUUACAGAGCAGUACACGGGGCAAAGUUCUAAAAUCUGAGCAAUCUCAGUGGAGAACAGUGGUUUAUUCCUGACAAGUGUUCCACAAAUGGAAUUUGCCCCAGAAUUGAUCUGUACACAACAUUUCCUUUAUGCUGUAGUGUGACUGCUGAUCUGCAUGUCAGAGAAACCUAAUACCAGAGUGCCUUUUCCAUAUGACCUUUAGCUGUCACAAUGCCAUGCAGUGCCUAUAGUUGGACAAGGUCCGACUGGGAACGUAGUCGUCAAAUCCCAUAACUCUCAGUGAGGGUAUGCAUCGCAGCACGUUUUACGUACUCAGCGAGCAUUAGUAGGGCUAAAGUUAGAAUCCGUUUGUUCCCCCUGUUACUAUCAGUAGCACUUUAUAAACUGCCUUUAACAGUAGAUUUUUUCCAAUUAUAAACAGUGUCAGAUUUUUUUGAAACAUUGGGUGAGAUGUUUAAAUAAUGACGCUAUUUCUAACACUUUGCUUGAUCCUCUUUUGGUCUUUCUCUUGCUUCAGCACUCCGAUGGUAUGUGCUAAGAUAACCGAAUGCCGAAUGGGUUUUAUACGUGUAAACACCAAGGGGCACAAUUGCAAUUUUCUUUCUUUAAUAUUUCCCCCACCUCAUUUUUUUCUUCAUUGCACGCUGCUUUACUUAUUUCUUACAGUGAUAAUGUUGUUGUAGGUUAUGUAAUUUUUUUGGCUUUGUAGCGUGACAUUUUUAUACUCACCUGUUGGGUUAAUAACACUAUAUGCCCUUUUUUCUUUUUUUUUUUUUCUGUUAUAUGCCAGAAAAGUGAUGUGUUGAAAACACUCCAAACACAUUGAAUGUGGCCAUUAAGAGACGAUUAGUAAAUAUCCCAAGUUCUGUGUUACCAAUUGAGCACUUUGGGUUUCAAUAUCGCUUGUAUGCUGAUGAUACAUGGACCUACCACCUUUUCCAUCAUUCAUUCAUCAUCUCAUGCCUUGAUUAUUGUAACUCACUCCGCAUUGGCUUUCCCCACAAAGUCCCGUUACAAUCUGUUAUAAAUGCUGGUGCCAUUAUAUUUCCUCUCUAACCCACAAAUAUACUCUUCUCAUUCCCUUCGCUCCACCAAUGACCUUUUCUUGUAUUCGUCUGCUAAUUCUCAUCUACAGGACUUCUCCGGGGCUGCAACUUUUUUUGUGGAAUGCGUUCUAUUAGACUUUCUCCUAGGAUCCAAUCAAUGCAUCUCUAUGGGGAACAUUUGGCGCCUCCAUGCAGAGCGUGGAGGCACAGACCGUGGAGAACUGGACUAAUAACCACAUCUAGUGGCCAUCUGAGUGACUGUCACUAGAGGUGUUAAUAGCCAGCAAUGUUAACACUGCCUUUUUCUCUGAAAAACCUGCAUGGACAUGCUACAGACACCAGAACAACCACAUUAAGCUGUAGUGGUUCUGGUGACUAUAAUGUCCCUUUCGGAAUUGUAUUUUCAUCAUUGUAAAUAAUACUUUGUUAGUUUCUAUCUCUUUUAGUUGGCUCCUAGAUUCCAGGCACGUUUGUCAAGCCCUGCACUACACACAACAGGGAGAGAUACUCCCGAACUUGACGAGGUUAUAUAGUGAUUUGAGCAGGGAAGCGUCUCAAACUCCAACAAUGUAUGUGUACUCUGUCACUCGAAUAAUGUGGGUUUCCCACACUGACUCUGCUGCUAGAUUUUGGCUUGGCCAUCACUAUAAACAUAGCAAUGAGCUCAAGUUUAUCAAAGUAAGCUUAUUGUAAUGACAAAAACCAAAGCACACAUUUGUUUUUUCUAUACAACACAAUAUAAAACUGGGCUUCUACUUAGAACAUGUAUUUAUUUAAGGUUAUUUCUGGCUGCAGGUGUCUGUGUCGCAAUCUGAAGCAGGAAUGCAGCCCCUGGGGCUGCAGAGAGUUUGUGAAAACGUUACGUGUCUCUAUUUAACAAACACAAGCCGUAGACGGAUUACUUGUAAAAAUGUGAGAGGAUUUAUUCUGCCUAAUCAUCAAGUCUCUUGUUUUAUUGGAGCCUAUGGCUCUGCAGGCUGAGAUUUGGGGGACUAAUACUCUUCCUGAUUACAAAUUACAAUGCUCAAAUCAGAUUAAAAUACAUCCGUUACACUCACUCUCUGCACGAACCUCUUCUCAAGUUAGAGUUCUCACUUUAACACUUCUGCUGUAGGGGGGGGGCUAACCAAAACGUACAAUCCAGAUUUUUGUAGUCUUUAAGGAACCAUCAAGUCUUGUAAAUCACUUCAUCUUCCUUAAGGUCCCUCCUGUGCCAUAAUUGUAUUUAAUUUUAUUUUCUACUAGCUUAACCUCCAUGCUUUUUAGCUUAGCUCUAUUGACCUACAAGUCUUUCUCCUUACCCAACUUACUCAUAGCUUGUAUACAAUGGCCUCCUCCAGUGUGUAUGGCCUUCUCCUUACCCAACUUACUCAUCGCUUGUAUACAAUAGCCUCCUCCAGUGUGUAUGGCCUUCUCCUUGCCUAACUUACUCACCGCUUGUAUACAAUGGCCUCCUCCAGUGUCUGGGCCUUCUCCUUACCCAACUUACUCAUAGCUUGUAUACAAUGGCCUCCUCCAGUGUGUAUGGCCUUCUCCUUACCUAACUUACUCAUCGCUUGUAUACAAUGGCCUCCUCCAGUGUGUAUGGCUUUCUCCUUACCUAACUUACUCAUAGCUUGUAUACAAUGGCCUCCUCCAGUGUCUGGGCCUUCUCCUUACCCAACUUACUCAUAGCUUGUAUACAAUGGCCUCCUCCAGUGUGUAUGGCUUUCUCCUUACCUAACUUACUCAUCGCUUGUAUACAAUGGCCUCCUCCAGUGUGUAUGGCUUUCUCCUUACCUAACUUACUCAUAGCUUGUAUACAAUGGCCUCCUCCAGUGUGUAUGGCCUUCUCCUUACCUAACUUACUCAUAGCUUGUAUACAAUGGCCUCCUCCAGUGUGUAUGGCCUUCUCCUUACCUAACUUACUCAUCGCUUGUAUACAAUGGCAUCCCUCCAGUGUGUAUGGCCUUCUCCUUAUCCAACUUACUCAUUGCUUGUAUACAAUGGCAUCCUCCAGUGUGUAUGGCCUUCUCCUUAUCCAACUUUCUCAUUGCUUGUAUACAAUGGCCUAUCUACACUUAUUACAUGACAUUGUCUUACCAAUUUUUUUUAAUAUUUAUUUUCACCACAUCCCCUUGGCCUCAUGCCUUGUGUGAUUUAUGAAACUCCCUGUGAAACCUGUUAUCAAAAUAAGUUUAUCUGACAUUUGUGUCCUGCCUUUUGACGUUCUGUUGAGAGCACAUUGAGGUUAAAAUGUAAAUGUUAUGUAACAACAAUGACUGUGUAAGCACUAUGUAAUCUAUAUCGAUGCAUCUUACUGCAUAUUCACCAAACCUUUCUAGCAAGCAUACUGAUACUUAAUCACAGUAUCUCUGGAACAUUAUUUUAUGAUUUCAGAUUUUGAUAUAUAUAUAUAUAUAUAUAUAUAUAUAUAAAAAAAAUUUAAAUUUUAUUUUAUUAAUGGCAAUAGUAGGUCUGUGUGAUUGUGUGGUCGACGUUGUGACAGGUGCCAUAUUUGAACUUUGGGGCUCAAAUCCUUGAUCCUGAGGGUAAAAUAUCAUGGACAUUAGCAGAGUUGUCAUCAGUGUUGGUGGAUGGGCUAUUAAUGUCCAGGAGCCAGUCUGAUCUAGAUCCAUGUACGUCACAAACCCAUGGCUUCUUCAUUUUACUUAUUUAGAAAUGUUUAUUUACUUUGAGCAGUGUGGGCAGCUGUAAAUGUUGUGUGGCACAGUUCUACUUUUGAUUAGACUUUUAUUUAGAAUUGGUGACCUCAACAGAUGUUUUCUCAAAUGUGUAGUCCCAGUCUUGGCAUUGGUUGAAAUUGGUGGGGGGAAAUAAUGUCCAUACCUUUUUAGCUUUUUUUUCCCCCUCUCUCUCUUAUGGUGAAUUCUGAAUCACUGGGACCAUUCCGAGAUAUGACCCAUAGGAGGUUUCAAAAAGGAGGGGUACAAAAUUGUGUAAAAUGUUUUGAUUUUGCCAUCAAAAAAAGAGUACUGAUACUGUUCUAAUAUAAUGCAAUAUGAGCUCACAACAAACAUUACUAUCAUAUAAUGCAAUAUGGAUGAAGGUUAACAAACACAGCAUAAAUAAUCAAAAUAGCAGGAUAAUACAGUAAGUAAAGUAUGUUAAAAAUUGCAAUUACCCUAAAGUAGGUUGGUUUAGGGAUGAGAUACACACUCUGGUUCCCACCAUCUUCUAUAGGCAACUUGCCCUGGACCCCUUGGGUCUUCCUCCUGUCUUGGCCAAUGAAAAAUAUGACCAUAAACUUCUAAACAAGAUCAUUCUAGUGGCAAGAGCAGCACUAGGACAAUCAUGGUUCCAAGUUCCAUCUAGGGCAAAAGGUAUUCUUAAACUAAAAGAUAUUUAUCUAAUGGAUAAACUGACAGUGCAGUUAGAGAACACUCUACUCACUUUCCAAAAGGUUUAGCUGCCUUGGGAGUCUGUUCAAGGCCAUUAGGAUCAUUUGUUGAUGGAAGGAUAUCUUCCUCUGACCCCUUUCCCUGCAGCAGUUCCUCAUCUCUCCAACACAAUCAAUAUGAGUGUUUCAGAAAGAUUUUAUGAAAUACAAAAAAAAUGAGGCCUAAAGCGACAGAGCCACUUUAAGUCUGCAGAUCAUCUUACAAAUUGGGAAAAUAUCUAAAGCUGAGACACCUCCAUGCUGCUUACAAGGAUGGACUCCUUAAUUCACCUUGAUGCGCAAGUGAAGGCAUUCACAUAACUCUGUUGGCUAUGAAAUCGAGACUAGUGUGUGCCACUGUUGUCCGAAAUGGGUGGAUCUGCCUGAAAAGGGGGGCAAAUUCUCAAGGCUUUUCCAGUCACGCACAGAACACUGAUGAGGUUUGUAAAUGGUCCUAGUGUCCUGACACUUUUUAAAACAGCUUGGAUGCAUCUGGUGAUGUGCUUUUUGGGGACAGAUUCCUGGUGUCCCUCAUCUAGAAACAAACCCUGGACAGUUGGACAGGACCUCAAUUGAGUGAGAUCCCACCGGAUUCAGUACUGUGGGGAGGUUUUUGGGGGGGGGGUGGAGCAUUCAUGCAGGAAUUGAUGUAGAUUGAUACUCCUUUUAUACAGAAAGAAUGACAAAGUAUCUAAACAUGCAUCUAACGCGAAACACAAAAUUCCUAGUUUGUAAAUGUUUCAAUUUAAUAUUAAAGGGAAACCAUAAUCACCAAAACAACUUUACCUUAAUGAAGCAGUUUUGGUGUAUAGAUCAUGCCCCUGCUGUCUCACUGCUCAAUUCUCUAACAUUUAGGAGUUAAAUCUGUGUUAUUACAGCCCUAGUCAAACCUCCCUGCAUGUGACUCGUACAGCCUUCCUAAACACUUCUUGUAAAGAGUCAUCUAAUGUUUACACUUCCUUUAUUGUAAAUUAUGUUUGCGUUAGAAUCCUCUGCUCUGUUACUAGCUUGCUAGACCCUGUAGGAGCCUCCUGUAAAUAAUUAAAGUUCAAAGUACAGAGCAGGAGAUUAAAAACUUCUAAAGUAAGUUACAUCUGAUUGAAAAUGAAACCAUUUUGCUUUCAUGCAGGCUGUGUCAGUCACAGCCAGGGGAGGUGUGGCUAGGGCUGCAUAAACAGAAACAAAAGUGAUUUAACUCCUAAAUGUCAGAGAAUUGAGCAGUGAGACUGCAGGGGCAUGAUCUACACACCAAAACUGCUUCAUUAAGCUAAAGUUGUUUUCGUGACUAUAGUGUCCCUUUAACCAUUUCACUGCAUAUUCACACCAUUGGUCCACAGCCCAUUUACUGCUUACCAGAAAGCCUUACUUCAUAACAUCCUCUUCUGCAUCACCUCGCUCCAAUUUUGCCUUUUUUUUAUUUAUUUUUUAUUCUUUAUUCCAAUUUGAUUAUUAGCUAAUUUACCAUUAUUAUGUAUUUUUGACAUGUACCCGAUUUCUUUUGGGUAUCUUGUGUUCAUAUACAAUAUGUCUGCUCUUAAAUAAGGAAUACACAUUAAAGUGGGUAUAAUUCUAUGAAACCCCCACACUUGUGUUCCAUUUAACCCAAGAACUGUGGAAGGCAUGGUGAAAUGUUUUGGAUUUUAUUUUGUCUUUUGUGGUCAAUUCUUGGUGAAUGCCAUUAGUGGAGAAUCUUUCUAAAUUAUAAUUAUCUGAAGAGGUUAGAGGUUGGGGUCACAAUAAAAGGGGUACUUGUCUUUUAAUCCCAUAUCCAUAGGUUCGAUUCAUUGGAGGGAUUAAGACAGAACUACCCCAAGAGGAUUCUGAGGUAUUAUAUACAAGGUGGAUUUAAAAUACCAAGCAGUUAAUAAAUCGUCAAAUCGAGAUCAUUGUAUAAAGGGAGAUCCUGGGACAUUGUGAACAGAGGUGUGUUUUGGUAUAGCGUGUGUUCUCUGGGAAUACCAGUCUAUAAAUAAACAAUAUGGAACGGCACUCAAUCCCAUCACUCUGUACCAGGGUGCAACCAAACCAGGUCCCAGUACCAGGAAACAAAUUGCUCAGUGUUGAAGAUGUAGAUAGGUCCAGGCACUCCAAAGUUCAACAAAAGGCAAUUUAUUAAACCCACAGCCACAUCAAACUGCUUGAUAAAGACCAUGUAGGUUGACACGUUGUGAUGUGGCUUUGGGUUUAAUAAAUUGAUCUACAUCUUCAACACUGAGCAAUUUGUUUCCUGGUACUGGGACCUGGUUUGGUUGCACCCUGGUACAGAGUGAUGGGAUUGAGUGCCGUUCCAUAUUGUUUUCUCCGGAACAUAAAUCAUAUUUUGGGAUGUUGCACACAGGUUUUAGGACAUCUGACUCAGAGGACAUGGUAUAUUAUAAGCAGAGGAGAAUUGCGGUUUAUUGUGUGUACAGAAUGAACUGUUACAAAUUAUUGGAAUUAAAUAUCUGUGCCACCCAUUCAUGUUUUUUUGUUUUGUUUUUCCUACAGCAUCUGCUCAUUCUGUAACCUCUGUAAAGCGGGACUACAAAUUUCUCCAGAUGAGGUUACUAGUGCUCCGGGAUGCCCCAUCCUCUCCUCCUUCGAUUACUCUGGGUGCUAGUAAUGCAGUGGCAGGUACGCGAACACAGUCCUCAAUUAACCGUGGCUACUCUGUAUUCUGUGGAUCUGUUAUGUCUUUUUUUUUUUCUUUUUCUUUUUGCAUCUUGCAAGUGUGGCUUGAUGCACACACAGAAAAUAUUUUAAGCAUUUUAAGCAUUUUUCAGACUAUCUUUCAAAGCUCUUUAAACGGAAACUGUCACAGAAAAUUGCCUAUAACCUGUGUCAACCUUUUUAAUGCGGUGCUCAGUUUUUAGACAGGAACUUCUAGUGGCUCUCCUAAUGUAAACCUUGUAAUGGAGGGCUUGCUCAUCAUCUGACCACUCUCAUCCAAUGAGCUGAGCCCUGCACUGCAGCUGCAGUGGUUAUGGGGCACGGAGUAUUCCUUUAAUAUGGCAUACCAGAGGGGGUUUACCUUUUGCGGUACAGGUGACUAAGUUAAAAUUUGCCUGACUUUGUUUGCUUGAGAGCCAACUCUACAUGUCCGUAACUGAUUUGGUCGUUUGUUUGCAUUUGUGACCCCAUGUGCCGUUCGUUACUAAGUAGGACACAGUUACUCCAGCAAGCUCUAUGCUACUAGCCAGACCUGAAAAGUUACUUGACACUGCAAGCCUGGAGAGCCCCUUGCACACUCACAAGGGGCAAAUUUCUACUCCUUGGUGGCGAGAGGCGAGUGGAAAGUUUGUGUCCUGUACUAAAGAUAAUUAAGGCCUGUCAGGUGUUUGAAAUUUAGGUCACAAAAAGUGUGUCAAGUAGAGAGAAACAAGGUUUUCUUGCACGUUGUGUAAAGUCUGCUGUAGUAAUUGACCAUGUUGGUCACAGCGUAGGUUGCGUUUAAUACUAAACAUGAGUAUCCGUGUUCAUAUGAUGUGAGUAGCCAUGCGUAUAUUCACACAACGUGAGUAGCCAUGCGUGUGUUCAUAUGAUGUGAGUUGCUGUACAUGUGUUCUCUAUUCAGAUUUCCUCUGCUCAGCUUUCGGAUCAAGUGUUGGAAAGCUGGAAGAAGUAUGACAAUGAGUGUAAGCUGAACAUGUCCCUGGUGCCACCACCAACAGGUAAUUAAAGGGCCGCAGCACUUGCUGUAGUGUGUUUUAUAGCUGCCUGUGUUGGCACUGGUGUAUGCCUUCUUUCUGGACUUUGGUCAUCAUAACUGAAUGCUGUGUUGUUGGUGUACUUUGACUGUAGGCGUUUGAUGAAAAUCCACAUGUGCUCACUUUAUGAACCAGCUGCAAGUCCAUGGGUGCUCACUGCCUGAUCUAGCUUUAUAUCCACGGGGCUCACUGCCUGAUCUAGCUUAAUGUCCACAGGAUCUGCCUGUACAUGGGCACUUACUGCCUGAUUUGGCUGCCUGUCCAUGGGCACUCACUGUCUGAUCCGGCUGCCUAUCCACAGACACUCACUGCCUGAUCAAGCUGCCUGUACACGGACACUCACUGCCUGAUCCCUGCCUGUCCACUGGCACUCACAGCCUGAUCUAGCAGUGUAACUGUGGGCACUCAUUGCAUGCAGCCGGCCGUAUAACUCCAGACUAACUGUAAGUCUGCUAGGCUUACAUUGCAAGAGGAUGUGGUUCAUACAUAAUCUGGGGACAAUUGGGUAAAUGCUUAAUAAUACACACUGAUAUACCUGUGUGGGAAUGCACAUUCACAGCUGACUAGCCAUAUAUGUACUCAAUAUACAGACACUGCAAGUUACCCUCUCUUUGUAUAUUCCCAGAUCUGGUCUGUAACCGAACAUUCGAUAAAUUUGCAUGUUGGCCGGACACAUUACCCAAUACCACAGUCAACAUGUCUUGUCCCUGGUACCUGCCUUGGUAUAAGAAAGGUAAGAUGCCAUCACACAAUUGAGUUUAGACUUCCACACAAAAACCUAUAGACUAUUCCAGAGGUGGGCAAUCAGAAGCUGGCUGACCAUGAUGGGGUAGAGGCCCAAAAGCUGGAGACCAACAUAUCAGCCUAUUCUGGUGUAGCCCAUUCAUGCACCCAUCUCUGCACCAUUAAUAAAUUUGCUCCACUCUCAGUGCAGCAUGGCUUCGUCUACAAAAUCUGUGGACCAGAUGGGCAUUGGCAGCCAAAGGUGAAUGGACAACUCAAUCGGGAUGCUCGGGAGUGUGAACGGGACAUAAACGAUCAGAACCCCCAGGUAUUUCGUCUUUCAAUAUUCAGUAUGUUCUACUGUAUUGAAGAGAUUAGAUUAUGA